AUGGUUACCAUUUCCUCUAAUCAAAACCAGCUGAGUACUGAGCGCCAUGUAUCUGUGGCAUGGAGGGAUAGAAACUUAAGCACUCAUGGUGAGGCUUUUGCUUCUUCUGUACAGAUGGAGUGCGUUCAUAGCUUGGUUACUCAAACAAAUUGCUUUAUAUCAGGUGCUCAACCUUUAUUGGCUACCAUAAACAAACAGCCGGUGCGACAUAGUUUAGAACCAUUUCCCUGUACUUUAACAAGGGACUCGGAACAACAAUCCUAUCUUCUCCAGCAACAGCACAAUUUUCCAGAGACCACCUUUCUUGGAGUUUCAUCAUUGUCGCCUAGUGAGGCUAGUGGUGUGAAUAAUUGUAGUGGAAACAAUGAAAGUGGAGAAGGUCAACUGUCUCAGCAACCUUUGAAGAUAGACAUUAAACAAGUAGCCGUUAGCAAGCCAUUAGAUCAAAAAAAUACUUUGGCGUUGAUGGAGAAGAGCGAGGCUGAUUACCAUGAAUUUGUUUCUAGGGCAAACGAAAAGCAGAAUAUUCGUGACAAAGCUCUUGGGUCAGGGCUCGAUCUAAUGUUCAUGAACGAUAUGGUGGAGGAAGAGAAUGCUACAAAUGAUUUCGGUUUACUAUUUCAGCUAUGUUAUGCUAAGCGCCUCAAAAUCACUGAUAUCCGAGUCGAUUGA